AUGGGGAAGCGCAUAGAGGAGACCCUGCUGGCCAGUCUGAGUCAUGGGCUAUCGGGUGGGGAUGACGACAAAAAUGGCGUCCGGCGCCGCAGAAAUUCCGGCCAAUCGCAGAUAUCAGGAAACUCUAACUCGUCGAAUAAUGAUUCUCCAAGCCGAAAGCCCAGCUUUGCAGCCCGCAAGCUUGAGCUGCAAAAGGCCGGUCCCCUCGCCAACCCGGUGCACCGGCCUCAGGAUUCACUGUUUUCGUCUUCAUCAGGGUGGACGAACUAUAGAGGCUUCUUCAACCUAGCGAUAUUGCUCUUGGUGGUCUCCAAUGGUCGAGUGGCGUUGGAGAAUGUGAUCAAAUAUGGUAUCCUGAUCUCCCCGCUCGAUUGGAUCGAGUUCCUGCUGACUGAUCUCUCCUACACAAACUGGCCCAAUCUUUUCAUGAUCCUCUUCUCCAACAUAACGAUUGUGAUCGUAUUGGUGAUGGAGAAGCUCUUAGCGCGCGGAGCUUUCAGCAACCAUUUUGCUGCCGCAUUUUACACGCUACUUAUCGGCGCCCAUGUGACGGUUCCAGCUACAAUCACUUUGUAUCUGAAGGGCAAUCCUCUGUACGCUACCGGUUGCCUAGGCCUCAUCGUCAUCGAGUCUUUGAAGCUGGUCUCCUACGUACAUGUCAACUAUUGGUGCCGCUCGGCGCGCCAGCAGCAGAAAGAAGACAGCGAGCAUAUGCCGCCCGAUGUUCUCCGUCUCUACCCCGGAAACUUGACGCUCAAAAAUCUGUACUACUUCAUGGCCGCGCCGACUCUGUGCUACGAGCUGAAAUUCCCGACGAGCCCCCGUUUGCGGAAAUCCUUCCUCCUGAAAAGAACUUGUGAAUUAACUUUCCUCUCAUUCUUGAUCGUUGCCCUCGUCCAGCAAUGGGUCGUUCCGACCGUCCACAACUCGUUGGGCCCAUUCAGCCAAAUGGAUAUUGGCAAAUGCGUUGAACGUGUGCUAAAAUUGGCGAUCCCGAACAUCUUGAUCUGGCUGAUCGGCUUCUACACAAUGUUCCACUCGGCGCUCAACCUGCUUGCCGAACUUCUCUGCUUUUCGGAUCGUGAAUUUUAUCGGGAUUUCUGGAACUCUGAGACCAUCCAGUACUUCUGGAAGACGUGGAACAUUCCUGUACAUCGCUGGGCGCUGCGCCACAUUUACUUGCCGAUGGUGCGUAACAACUACAGUAAAUUUCUCGCCUCUCUGGCUGUGUUCUUCGUCAGCGCUGCGUUCCAUGAAUAUUUGGUGUCGGUACCACUCUCCAUGUUCCGGCUAUGGGCCUAUUACGGCAUGAUGGCUCAGGUGCCGUUGUCGUUCGUGACCGACUACGUUGUCAAGGGCGGUCGCGCUGGCAAUGUGAUUGUAUGGCUUUCUCUGAUCCUCGGCCAACCGAUGGCCAUCCUGAUGUACGUCCACGAUUGGUACCUCAUCAAUUACCCCAAAGACCCGGCGCUCGAACGAGACACGUUAGCUCCCAUGGUGGUUCCUAACAUCUUACCCCUACUAACAAUAUUUGAUGGAGAGCGGUGGCUGAUUUAUUGGAGAAACGAGGAUAAUAUUCUAGGCGUGACCAAUCUCUUCGAUGCCGUAUACGAAAAGGUGAUCAGUCGGGAAGAAAAGGCCCUAAAAUUGAAUUGUGCCCGGACGCUGGCUGACAAAAGCUGGAUUGAUUUCAUGCAUGCGGAAGGCUGGCUGAUCUCACAGGUUGAUCCCGAAGCCGCGACGAUUGGCAUCGGCUCAAAGCGCACGUUCGAGCUGCUCAGAAAGGCUGGCGAACGCUUUUGCGACAACAUGACUGCAGAAUUGCUAAUUACUCGUGCCUCCUGGGUUCCUCGUCGGCCGGCACUUCCGAGUGAUUCGCUGGAAUCCGAAUCCUCUCCAUCACCAAGCAAGCCGCUUCGACGUGGGCAACGACAGCGCCACGGUGGGGCUGAGGACUGGUCUGACGACGGUGAUGCGGCGGGUGAAGAUGAGAAGCCUUCGGAAAAGCCCCUAAUGGCAAGCAAGCAUGUUUCAAAAGCAAAGCCCGGAGUAUCUAGCGUGGAAGCGCCGCCGGAAAAGCCGCGUGCUGUCAAGAAUUUCGGCAAAGUUGUAGUGAAAACUGCGAGCAAAGCGACGACGAAGCGCACAAAAAAGACCCGUGCUGGUGCCGAUGAUUGGUCCGACGACGAUGAA